UUUUUUUUAUUUUUUACCAACACCUCUGGAGAAGCAGCUCGCUGUUGUUAUGAAGGCUUCAUCCGUCCUUUCUUAACAUGGAAGCAUCCAGCGGAGCGAGUUUUGGGAUAGACACCAUUUUAUCCAGCGCCUCAAACUCUGCUAACCUCAUGAACGGAGACUUCCGGACGGAUUUCAGGAGCCAGGCCACCCCUUCACCAUGCUCGGAGAUAGACACGGUGGGCACGGCCCCAUCCUCCCCCAUCUCGGUCACCAUGGAGCACGGCGGAGAAGCGCAUCUGGUCCCGGACAGCCUUCAGCAUCAGCACCACCUGCACCAUCAGCAGCAGCAGCACCUCCACGGCCAGCAGCAGGGCUUACCGCUGUCUCCUCCUCUGCCUCCCCAGCAGCAGCAGCAGCAGCAGGUCGGAGGGCCCCCCAGGACUGCCACCUCUUCGUUUUUAAUCAAAGACAUUUUGGGGGACAGCAAACCGCUGGCUGCCUGCGCGCCUUACAGCACCAGCGUCUCCUCUCCUCACCACACGCCCAAACCGGAAAGUGCCGCGGGACCGGACGUGUUCAGGCCCAAACUGGAGCAGGACGAAAACAGGAGCAAGUUAGACAAAAGGGACGAUAUUCAAAGCGAAAUGAAAUGCAACGGAACUAAAGAGGAAGGCGAUCGGGAGAUCUCCAGCAGCAGAGACAGUCCGCCGGUGCGCACGAAAAAACCCCGCAAAGCCCGCACAGCCUUCACGGACCACCAGCUCAACCAGCUGGAGAGGAGCUUCGAAAGACAGAAAUACCUCAGCGUUCAGGACCGCAUGGACCUGGCGGCCGCCCUCAACCUGACGGACACGCAGGUCAAGACCUGGUACCAAAACAGACGGACGAAGUGGAAGCGGCAGACGGCGGUCGGUCUGGAGCUCCUGGCUGAAGCAGGAAACUACUCGGCCUUACAGAGAAUGUUCCCCUCGCCCUACUUCUACCACCCCAGCCUGCUGGGCACCGUGGACAGCACCACGGCGGCCGCGGCGGCCGCGGCCAUGUACAGCAGCAUGUACCGGACUCCCUCCACGCCGCAUCCGAGCCUCCAGAGGCCUCUGGUCCCUCGGGUCCUCAUUCACGGCCUCGGACCGGGAGGCCAGCCGGCGCUGAACCCGCUGCCCGGAACAGCGCAUCCACGAUAAAAAAAAAACAACAACAAACUAAACAAACUGGACGCUGCUAGAACGCGUGACGUGGGUGAGCGCGAAAUGGAGCAAAAACAGGACUUUAACGCUCCCGACAGAAACACAUAAAGAACAAAAAAAAAAACAGAAAAGAGACGAUUUUAUUAAAGACUUUCUGAGGGUCGCCACUGCUCCAGAUUGCGCGGACCGGACUGCUCAUGGCUGAUUGUUUGUUUGUCUUUUGUACAAAUACACUUACAUUAGCAAAUAAACUUAUAAAGUUUAUUAGAUGGAGAAGACGUGAAUGAAUAAAGCAGUAAUGAUACUAA